UUCAAUUCAGACGAACAGAAGCGACACUAGGCGUGCUAGCGUCGCUUCCUUUCGUUUGUGGCCAUCGCAUACGGCAUUUGAAGUUGCCGUGCUGAAGAAGCGCUGCCAUGGCAAAGACCAAGAACCACACCAAUCACAAUCAGAAUCGUAAGGACCACAGGAACGGCAUCAAGAGGCCCAAGAAGGGAAACAAGCCUUCCAUGCGAGGGGUGGAUGCCAAGUUCGUGCGGAACAUGCGGUUUGCCAAGAGGCACAACAAGAAAGGCCUGAAGAAGAUGCGUGCCAAUGAGGCCCUGCAGAAGGAGGCCGCACUGGCUGCCAAGAAGGCCAGCACGUAAUAAAAGGCCGACUGUACAGUAA